AUGUCAAGUUCUGAGAAGAGCGCUUCCCCUAAAGAUGAGGAAGUCAAUAGUGACUCUUUAACUACACCGAUUCACCACGUCAAAUGGUAUCGGUCGACAUUCUACAAUGCGCUCAUCCUGGGACUUUGCAAUUUCCUGGCUCCGGGCAUCUGGGGCGCAAUGAAUUCGCUGGGUGGAGGAGGCGAGGAGAAGCCCUAUCUUGUCAAUGCAGCAAAUGCACUAACAUUCGCCCUGAUGGUGGUAUCCUGCUUCUUCGGAAGUGUUAUUGUCAAAUUCAUUGGAAUCAAGUGGACUUUCAUUGUGGGAACGAUGGGCUACGCGCCAUAUGCGGCAGGCCUAUAUACAAACAACCGAUUCGGAGACGAAUGGCUGGUGCUCCUCGGUGCCGCCCUAUGUGGUAGCUCAGCAGGCAUUUUCUGGAUGGCCGAAGCCGCGAUCGCUCUCGCCUAUCCCGAACCAUACAAUCAAGGACGCUUCUUGGGAUUCUGGCUCAGCUUCCGUGUCGGAGGACAAAUCCUGGGCGGCGCUAUCAGUCUGGGUAUCAAUGCUCGUCGGGCAACGGAAGGCAGUGUCUCUUACACUGUCUACCUCAUCUUCAUUGCACUCCAAGCACUCGGUCCCUUUGCUGGGUUACUCCUCAAUAAACCCUCUCAAGUUCAGCGAAAGGAUGGAGUACCAGUUCAGCUGCAGGUGACAAACAGCAUUGGCUACGAACUGAAAACAAUGGUGAAGCUUUUCAUCAGCAAAAAGUUCCUGUGCAUCGUUCCAUUCAUCUGUCAAGCGGUUUACUCCGAGGCAGUGAUGUUUUCAUAUGAAGGUCUCUGGUUCUCCGUGCGCUCAAGAGCCCUCGGUUCAUUCUUGUCUGGCAUCAUUGCAUUGAUCAUGGGCAAUCUUCUUGGCGCAUUCCUUGACAACAAGUCUAUCUCGUUGAAGAAGCGAUCCCGAUAUGCCUUCUUCUUUGUUGUAGGUUGGCAAGGCCUGUGUUGGGUUUGGGCCAGUGUGGUGACCACCGAGUUUCACAAAACAAACCCUGUGUAUGAUUGGACCGAUCCAGGAUUUGGAAGAGCCUUCGCUCUGUUCCUAUUCUGGGUUGCCGGUUUCCAGAUCAAUUACAUGUACCUAUACUUCGUGGUCGGCAAUCUGGCUGAUGAUCAGGAAGAAGUCAUUCGAAUUGCUGGAUUGUUGCGUGGAACUGAGUCGGCAGCCCAGUGUGUCAGCUAUGGCCUGAGCAGUAUCGCGGUUAUGGCUGCAGUUGGAAGUGUGUACCUGAACUUCGCUUUGUGGGCCGUUGCCAUUCCCUCUGCCUGGUACAUCAUCAGUCAGAUCGGGCUCUUUGGAGACAAGAAGUUGGAAAGAGAAACCCGGGCGUUGCGCGAGUCAUCUGAUAAUGAAUGA